CUCCAUUAUCUCUGCCCCUCUCCCUCCUCUCUCUCUCUCUUGCUGCCCUCUCAUUUCUCCACACUACUGCUAACAUGGCUGAGGCAUUCGCAGGCACAUGGAACCUGAAGGAGAGCAAGAACUUUGAUGAAUACAUGAAGGCCCUGGGUGUGGGCUUUGCAACCCGCCAGGUUGGCGGUAUGACCAAGCCCACCACCGUCAUCGAGGUAGCGGGAGACACGGUCACUCUGAAGACGCAGAGCACCUUCAAGAACACCGAGAUCAACUUCAAACUGGGAGAGGAGUUCGACGAGACCACCGCCGACGACAGGAAGGUCAAGUCCCUAAUAACGGUUGAGGGUGGUAAGAUGAUUCACGUGCAGAAGUGGGACGGCAAGGAGACCACUCUGGUUCGUGAAGUCAGCGGCAACGCCCUCGAACUGACACUGAAUCUUGGUGAUGUCAUCUGCACACGCUCCUACAUCAAGGCCGAGUAAUAACUUCCACCAAAAAACUAUCCUUUACCACACCUGCCAAAAUAACAACAACCCUUCGCCCUUAACCCCGAUCCCCACUGUAACGACCUCUAACCCCUGUCUGACCUCUAACCCCUGACCCCUUCUAUGUUGUCCCGUCCUUCUCUUUGUAGUGCUUCUCCUUUGUAUGAAACACUGAAUAAAUUCCACUGACGUUUA